UAUAUGUAUGUAACUUUGUUCUCUGUUUGUUAAUUGAUUCUUAUAUCAAAUUUUCUUUGUUCCAGCUUUUUACCAAUCAUUUACCAAUAAAGUAAAUCAACACUUUAGAGGUUCAGUGGUUUAUUCUGGCUGCGGGUUCCGUACCGUGGGGCAGCACAGUAAAAAGACUUAACCAGCGUACUUACAAAAAUGGCAACACUCAGGAACCAUACAGAAAAAGGGGAGGAAUACUACAAAAAACAACUUGAUGAUCGAGCUGCACGCUUAUCUGGUGCAUGGACAAAGGUUGACUCCAUCAUCAAAUCUAUUGAUUCAUGCGAAAAGGACGCACAGACAUUGACCGAAUUGCAGGAUAGACUAAAAUUCUACAGUGAUAAACAUGCUGAUCAGACAAAAGACCUUUUGGAUUUUCUCAGAAGAACCAACACAGAAGAGAGCAUUCAUCAAUUGAAAGGGUUCGAAUUCCUACAAUCUGGAUAUUGUCUCCUAAUUGAAAAUGCCAAGUCUAGACUUCAAAGUUUACUUACUGAGGCACAAGAAGAGGAUAGAAACUUACACAAGUAUGAGAAACAAUCUGAUCAUUCUUUCAAUGAUAUUCCUUCUCUAUCCUCACAGAACACUUCAAUACUGGCCAGGAAAAGAGCAAAAGCUGAAGCUGCUAAAGUGAGCUUGGAAUUUGCUAUUCGAAGAGCUGAGCUGAGGAAAGAUCAAGCACGCUUAAUAGAAAAACACUUAUUGGAGGAAGCUACAGCGAAAGCCGCCGCAGCUCGUAAGAAGGCCGAAAUAGAUGCUGAACUCGAACUCCUGACUCUCAAGCGAAAGGCUGCAGAAACUAAGACAGAAGCUGAUUUUCUAGAAUCUGAGCACUCUCGUUCAUCAUCAAAACACUCAUCCAUUCAUUCGCUACCAAAGGAUGACCCUAUGUUAAGGACAGAGAAGUACAUUGAGCAACUCUCAAAAGACACAGAAGAUAAGACUCGUGAAUCGGAAAUCUCACAAUUAGAAGUCCAGCAAGUCAAUGCAGUUUGUACGAAUCCAAACACUAAAGAUCUGCAAGACAGAAAUUGCUAUAUGCUGAACCCUGAGGCUUCUCCUUAUGUUCCUAACCCUAAUAACCCUGCCUCCGACUUCACAAAAUUUCUGUUGAAAAAGGACCUGCUACUUACACGCCUGGUUAACUUUAACGACAGGCCCGAAUCCUUUGCUUCUUGGAAAAGCAGCUUUCAGACUGUCAUGAGAGAACUCGGGGUUAAGCCUAACAAAGAAAUAGACCUUUUAGUCAAAUGGCUAGGUCCUGAUUCACAGAAACAUGCCCUGACGCUCAAAAUGGCAAACAUCUCCAACCCAGAAAGAGGAUUGCGUCGUAUCUGGAACCGUUUGGAGGAACGCUUUGGUGCUGCGGAAAUGGUGGAGUCAGCGUUAAAAGAGAAACUUAACUCUUUCCCAAGAAUAACAAAAAACUACAAAAUGCUAUACGACUUAGCAGAUGUACUUACCGAGAUUGAGUCCGUUAUGGAGGAUCCGAAAUAUCGAAGUGUCUUAGCUUAUUAUGAUUCAUCAUCUGGUGUUUCACCCAUUGUGGGCAAACUCCCGCCCAAUCUUCAAGAAAAAUGGACAAGUACUGCUAUCAAAUACAUUGAAAAGAAUGGUGUUCUAUACCCACCUUUUACAUUUUUCGCAGAAUUUGUUCGAAAGUUAAGUAGCACAAAGAACAAUCCAAGUUUCAAAUAUGACCCAGUGACUUCAGGAAUGUGUCAGAAAGAGAACAAAUUCACAAAAGACAGUGGCAGGGUACCAAGGGUAACCAUACUAAAAACUGAGAUGAGUCCAGCAUCGAAAGGGCUAGAUAAGGAAACAAAAUCUGGAUCGAAGAAGACUGAUGAAAGUAGUCAUUGUCAACUUCACAAUGCCAACCAUCCUCUUAACAAAUGCCGUGCCUUUAGGAACAAAAGUUUAGAAGAGCGUAGAAAGUUUUUAAAAGAGAAGGGGAUAUGCUUCCGAUGUUGUUCUUCAACAACACACUUAAGGCGCAACUGCAAGGAAACAGUUUCCUGUGAGGAGUGUUCCAGCGGUAAUCACCCAACGGCACUUCAUCCAGACAAGAAGCAAGCUAGCAGUUCUAGUGGAAAUCCACAUCCCUUGACAAAUUAUGGCGGGGAGAAAAACAUUGAAGCUCCAGCCUUGAGUGUUAACUCUGCUUGCACCCAGAUCUGUAAGGAUACGUUUCAAGGAAAGUCGUGUGCGAAAACUGUAUUGGUACGAGUUUUCAGGAAAGACAAUCCAGAAAUAUACUUAAAAACCUAUGCGAUUAUUGACGAUCAAAGCAAUCGCUCACUCGCCAGUCCAGAGUUCUUUGACUAUUUUGGCGUCCACGACGGAGUCACAGAGUACACAUUAGCGUCAUGCAUGGGACGUAUUAAUACAUCUGGAAGAAAGGCCUUUGGAUUCAUGGUGGAAUCACUAGAUGGAAGUAAACAGCUGGCACUGCCGACCGUGAUAGAAUGCGAUCACAUUCCUAACGAUCGGGAAGAAAUACCUACUUCGGAUGUUGCUGCAAGCUAUCCUCACUUGGCUGAUAUUGCAAGACACUUCACUUCACUGGAUGAAGAUGUGCAGAUUUUAUUGCUGAUUGGAAGAGAUCUCCUGGAAGCACACUACGUGCUAGAGCAAAGAAUAGGACCAGAAAACAGCCCAUUGGCCCAAAGGCUCCCUUUGGGAUGGACUAUGAUUGGAGAAACUUGCCUUGGGGGAGCACAUGAGCCCAAGACCAUUCAAGUAAACAAAACCUAUAUUCUCUCAAAUGGACGAGCAUCUUUACUCAAACCAUGCCAAAAUGAGUUUAAUUUGAAGGAGAGAUCUUCAGAUAACUUUGGUCAGUCAGUGUUUGAUAGGACAGAUGCAGAUGAGAAGCCAGGACUAUCAUCGGAGGAUAGGAAAUUUCUUGAAAUUAUGGACCAAAACUUCACACGAGAUGUAGAUGGUUUUUGGACAGCCCCCUUACCAUUUAGACAGGAUAGAGAAAGGCUUCCAAACAACAGAACACAGGCCCUUAAGCGGGCCAAAAGUCUUCAUAUCAGCAUGGAGAGGGACCCCGUAAAGAAAAGACACAUGUUUGAGUUCAUGAGUAACAUCUUAUACAAACAUGCGGAAUUGGCACCCCCUGUUUCGGACGGAAAAGAAUAUUGGUACCUCCCAGUCUUUGGGGUUUAUCACCCAAGAAAGCCAGAUAAGAUCAGGGGAGUGUUCGACUCUUCAGCAAAGCAUGGUGGAAUAUCCCUCAAUGAUGUUCUUAUGUCUGGUCCAGACCUCACGAACAGUUUGUUGGGCGUUCUCAUGAGAUUUAGGCAAGACGCAGUUGCUGUCAUGACUGAUGUGGAGCAAAUGUUUUACUGCUUUAGAGUACAAGAGGAACACAGGGACUAUCUCCGCUUUCUUUGGUACCGUAAUAAUAAUCCCGAGGAGGACUUGGCAGAAUACAGAAUGAAAGUCCAUGUGUUCGGCAACAGCCCUUCGCCAUCAGUAGCCACCUAUGGUCUUAGGAAAGUUGCAGGGAUCAGUUCCAAAGCCUUUGGAGAAGAUGUGAAAUUGUUUGUAGAACGAGACUUCUACGUCGACGAUGGUUUAACAUCUCUUUGUGAAGAGGCAUCUGCUGUUGAUCUGAUCAAGAGGACACAACAAGCACUUCUGAUUGAAGGUAAUCUGCGCCUUCAUAAGAUAGUGUCCAACUCCAGAGCUGUAAUGAACUCUUUUGAAUCAAGAGACCUCGCAAAGGGUCUAGAGGAUGUCGAUAUUGGUGCAGAGGAGCUUCCCGUACAGCGAAGCCUUGGAAUAUGUUGGAACCUCAACAGUGAUUCUUUUUUGUUUCUGGUUUCAGCAGAUGAGAAACCAUUCACACGCAGAGGAGUACUCAGUACGAUUAACAGCAUUUUCGACCCACUUGGAUUUCUCACACCAGUAGUUAUCGAGGGGAAAAUGUUACUAAGGGCCUUGGUUCAAGAGUCGAUUGAUUGGGAUGAGCCCCUUCCAGAUCAUCAUAAGGAACGAUGGCAGAAAUGGAAAAACUCGCUUGCCGCUUUAGAACAAGUCAGAGUCCCAAGAACCUACACCAGUUCAUCUAUCAGAGAUUGUCCCGAAAAAUCCAUCCAUGUCUAUUCUGACGCCUCAGAAAAGGCAAUAGCUGCCGUAGCUUAUAUAAAAACAGGUAGUACAGAUGGAAGAGAAGAAAUUGGAUUCUUGCUUGGAAAGGCCAAAUUAGCCCCUUCUCAUGGUCACACAAUUCCGAGGUUGGAGCUGUGUGCGGCAGUGUUGGCAACAGAAAUUGUUCAGUGCAUCAGGGAUCACCUCGACAUUCCUCUGCAUAGUUUUCAUAUGUAUACAGAUAGUAAAGUCACACUGGGAUAUAUACAUAACCAAGUUAGGAGAUUUUACACCUACGUGAGCAAUAGAGUUGCCCGCAUUCAUCAAGUAACCUCACCAAAGCAGUGGACUUAUGUACCUACGGAUAGUAACCCAGCUGACCUAGCAACAAGAUCUAUUGCAGCAUCUGAACUUUCAACAAGCACAUGGCUACUUGGACCAUCUCAUCUUCGAGAGAACAUCAGAACCCAAUUUGAACCCUUUGACCUACAAAACCCAGACUCAGACAAAGAAAUCAGACCAUUAGCAGUUGUGUCAUGUAGAAAGACAGAGAUACUAGAAUCCCAAACCAAGCUUUUGGGUUCACACCGUUUUAGACAGUUUUCUCAGUGGACCAGACUUGUCGAGAUUAUGUGUAAACUGAAACACAUCGCCCAAAGUUUCACUGCUGCGAGGAAGUGUAAAGGAUGGCAUCUUUGUGCUGAGACUCAGAAUGUCGAUUCAUACAAGGAAGCUGAAAGCAUGAUAAUCAGAUGUGUACAACAGGAGUCUUUUUCCACAGAGCUUCAGUGUCUUGAAAGACAUGAACCUCUUCCGAGGAAUACUCAGCUGCGAAAAUUGGAUCCUUUCAUUGGUGCCGAUGGUCUCCUAAGAGUUGGGGGUCGUCUUAACCUAAGCAACAUUCAGCAAAGUGAGAAAAAUCCAGUUAUCAUUCCAAGUCGAAAUUACAUUGCAACUUUGUUAGUCAGAUUCUAUCAUGAAAAGUGCAAGCAUCAAGGUAGGCAUAUCACCGCAGGGACAGUCCGCAUGGCAGGAUUCUGGAUCUUGGGUGGGAAAAGAUUGGUUUCAACCAUCAUCUACCACUGUGUGACAUGCCGUAAACUACGAAGACAAGUAGAACACCAAAAGAUGGCCGACCUUCCCUUAGACCGUUUGGAGCCAGCACCUCCUUUCACGAAUGUUGGCGUGGAUGUGUUCGGAUCAUGGUCCGUUGUAACACGACGCACGAAGGGCGGAGCAGCUAACUCCAAGAGAUGGGCGGUUCUAUUCACAUGCCUCUCUACUCGUGGGGUACACAUAGAAGUCAUCGAAGAGCUUAGUUCGUCAUCCUUUAUAAAUGCAUUUAAGCGUUUUACGGCUAUCAGGGGACCCGUUAAGAUUGUUAGAUCUGACCGUGGUACGAAUUUCAUUGGCGCUACAGACGAUCUCUGCAUGGACGCAGUUAAGGUAGAGGCACCACCUGUCAAGGAUUUCCUGUUUAACAGCGGAGUAGUUUGGAUAUUUAACCCUCCUCACGCUUCCCACAUGGGUGGCGUGUGGGAGAGGCUGAUAGGGGUUACGCGCAGAAUUCUGGAUGUCAUGCUUCUUGGAACGCCUGGAAAAGCAUUGACGCAUGAAGUCCUUACUACCUUCUUAGCUGAGGUAUCUGCGAUUAUCAACUCUCGUCCGCUUGUUGGUGUGUCAUCUGAUCCAGAAGAUCCUUAUCAUCUAAGCCCAUCUUUGCUUCUCACACAAAAGUCAGACGUCCUUGUUCCAGCUGGGCUUUCGUUUGACGAAAAAGACUCGUAUAAGUUUCAGUGGAAAAAAGUGCAGUACCUGGCAGAUGUCUUUUGGUCCAAAUGGAAGAAACAAUACCUCCAGACACUUCAGGAGCGGCGAAAAUGGCAGACAAACAACAAAGAUCUGCACGUUGGUGAUGUCGUUCUUGUGAAGGAUGAGUUACAGAACAGAAUUUACUGGCCCAUGGGUCUUGUGACGAGAACCUUUCCUGGAUCGGAUGGAAAAGUACGAAAGAUAGAAGUCCGCAUCAUACGUGAUGGAAAACCUACAGAAUAUGUUCGACCAGUGAACCAAGUUGUUCUCUUGAUAUCUGAAACUUAGUUGAUAUCUGCGAUAUCAGGCGGGGAGUGUUCCGCCACGGCUUCCAUACCUGACUUUCCCCAUGUGCUAGCGGGGUACAUGCGCUUCCGGCGAAGCAAUAUGUGUUCACGUUUUUGUUUCCUGAAGCUGACCACAGUCUUUUUACCAAUCAUUUACCAAUAAAGUAAAUCAACACUUUAGAGGUUCAGUGGUUUAUUCUGGCUGCGGGUUCCGUACCGUGGGGCAGCACAA